UCACGUUCUUCUUCGUCUCCAUCGCUCUCUUAAUUCUCAGAGAUCCUUUUUUCCAAUUUCUUCAAUUUAAUCAGAUUAUUGAUACAGUGGAAAAUUCGGUUCUAAAUUUAUUGCAUAUUUAAUUAAUAGUAAAUGGAUAAAUUGAUGAGAAAUUGAGAAGAAGAAUAAAAAAAAGAUGCCGGAAUUAACGCACGAUACAACGACGUCGUGUGGAUCAGUUUCGUCAACUGUGUUUUGGUCUAAGAAUCGAGAUGAUAGUAUUAGUCACAAUCACCUCCAGAAGUUUUGGAGUGACUUACCGCUGCAAGCUAGGCAGAAACUCUUGAAAAUUGAUAAGCAAACACUUUUUGAACAAGCGCGUAAAAAUAUGUAUUGCUCCAGAUGCAAUGGGUUACUUCUGGAAGGUUUUAUGCAGAUUAUUAUGCAUGGAAAGUCAUUGCAGCAAGAGGGAACAGUUGGUCUCGGUUCUGGCAAUAGGUCAAGAACCUCAAAAACCCAAACCGUCGAAGAUGAGUGCUUAACAAUUGGGUUUCAAGAUCCAUCUGUUCAUCCUUGGGGAGGUCUAAAGACUACUAGGGAUGGAACACUCACCCUCUCGGAUUGCUAUAUUUAUUCAAAGUAUUCUAAGGGGCUCCAAAAUGUCUUUGACAGUGCUAGAGCAAGGGAGCGCGAACGUGAGUUACUUUAUCCUGAUGCAUGUGGAGGUGGAGGUCGUGGAUGGAUUAGCCAAGGGAUGUUGGGGUAUGGAAGAGGUCAUGGAACCCGUGAAACAUGCGCUUUGCAUACUGCUAGACUUUCCGUUGACACUUUGGUCGACUUUUGGUCUGCACUAGGAGAAGAAACAAGAUAUUCUCUUCUAAGGAUGAAGGAAGAAGAUUUCAUGGAACGACUAAUGUACAGGUUUGACAGCAAGAGAUUUUGCAGAGAUUGCAGAAAGAAUGUUAUCCGUGAGUUUAAAGAGCUAAAAGAACUUAAGCGCAUGAAGAAAGAAACUCGUUGCACGAGCUGGUUUUGUGCAGCUGAUACAAGCUUUCAAUAUGAGGUGACUCUUGAUACAAUUCAGGCUGACUGGCAUCAAAACUAUGCCGACUCCACAGGAUUAUAUGAGCAUUAUGAAUGGGCUGUUGGGACUGGAGAGGGAAAAUCUGAUAUACUAGAUUUUGAAAAUGUUGGCACAAGUGCAAAGGCCCAAGUGAGUGGUCUAGAUCUCACUGGUUUGAAUUCAUGCUAUAUCACUCUAAGGGCAUGGAGAACCGAUGGACGCUUCAACAAAGUCUCAGUUAAAGCCCAUGCUUUGAAGGGUCAACACUGUGUUCAUGCUAGGCUUGUAGUCGGUGAUGGUUAUGUUACAAUCACAAGAGGAGAAAACAUUAGGAGGUUCUUCGAGCACGCAGAAGAGGCCGAUGAAGAAGAGGAUGAUGAUUCCGUGGACAAGGAUGGAAAUGAGAUAGAUGGAGAAUGUUCCCGUCCUCAAAAACAUGCGAAGAGUCCAGAACUUGCUCGAGAAUUUCUUUUAGAUGCUGCGACAGUUAUUUUUAAGGAGCAGGUUGAAAAGGCAUUCAGAGAAGGGACUGCUCGUCAAAAUGCACACAGCAUGUUUGUAUCUCUUGCGUUAAAAUUGUUGGAAGAACGUGUGAUGGUCGCAUGCAAGGACAUUAUUACUUUGGAAAAACAGUUUAAGCUCCUUGAGGAAGAAGAGAAAGAGAAGCGUGAUGAAGAAGAAAGGAAGGAGCGAAGAAAGGCAAAAGAAAAGGAAAAAAAGCUUCGUAGGAAAGAGAGGCUCAGGAGUAAAGAUAAAGAAAAGGAGAAAACGUGUGCCGAACCUCCUCAAACUCCAUCUGUUCCUGAUACCAAUGAAGAGGAAUUGACAAAUGUUAUCAAUGAGCCAAAUGUCACCAACACUUAUUGUGAAGAACAGGAAGAUACUCUGUCAUCUAUGCCUGCAUCAGAAGAUUAUGCUCAGGAGGAUAAAAUAUUGGAAUAUGAUGAAGAUUUCAAUGUCGAAUUCAGUUAUAAAGAAGACGGAAAUCAAUGGUUUGAAAGUGAUCAAUUAAAACACCCACGUAGGAGACUGAAACCAUGGAAAGACUAUCAACUUGAUCAACCCUCAAAGUGGCAAGAAAGACGGCGGUUUGAGAAUGGGUCAAUAGCCAAUAAACCCGGGCCAAGGUUUCACAAUGACAGUUUUGAAACUUCUUCAAUAAAUGGCAACUUUAAUGGAGUAAAUAAGCCUGUAAGGCGUUCAAUUGGAUCACGGUACAACGAAAGACUACAUUGUUCUCAUAAUAGAACGAGUGGCAGGUACGACCCUCCUGCAUGUAAUUGCUACCAUAAUGAUUACCGACCCAAAGCAGGAAAGAAACUGGAACCUGAUACAGAUAUCUCGAAACAAUAUAUUCGCGGAAACAAGUACAAUAAUCAAACUGAAAGUGUUUGGGAAAAAUCCAGGACCAAAGUUAUGACUGGAAUUAACGGGUCAAGUAGAGAUUCAUCGUAUACAAAGAAAGUAUGGGAACCCAGAAGCAAUAUAGAUACUGAUGAUCUUAUUGAUCGGUCUGCUGAUGUCACCAAACCCGUCAAGAUAAUUAAUUUAUCAGAAAAGACCGGCGUGACCAAUUCGACUCUCAUCAAUCAUGAGAGUAAUGGGAUGAAGGAUUUAAAAAGUAAUGUUCAUGUAGAAGCCGAACCUGAACCUGAAAGUGGGACGACUGAUCUUUCUAUUACUAGCAGCAGCAACUCCAAUUCGGAUAGUUGCUCGUCAUCUCUUAGUGAAGGAGACGGAAGUUCUUCAUUUUCGUCAAAUCCACAGAAUCCCGAGUCUUCAUCCACAUCAGAUUCAGAAUAUGCCAGCCAUCAUUCUGAUGUGAUGAAAGAAACAUCACUCUGCCUCGAGAAUGACUUUUCGGAGUGUGGUAUUGUGAAGGAAGGUGACUUUCUCAGAAAAGACACAUCGGGAGAAUUAUUGACAAAAACUACUGAAAGUUGUGAAUCUGUGAAAACGAAUGAUGUUACGGUAUCUCAUCAUCAUGGUAAUGUAAUGCCACCUCCAAUGCAAGCUCAGAGCCUGCACUUUCCAGUGUUUCAAGCUCCUUCCAUGGGUUAUUACCAUCAGGGCCCGGUUCCAUGGACCACCGCCCCAGCCAACGGGCUCGUGCCAUUACCACAUCCAAACCAUUAUCUGUUUCCUAGCCCGUUCAGUUAUGGUUUUAAUGGAAAUCCUCGCUACCUUCAGUAUGGUGUUGCUGGUCUCCAGCCGCUGGCUCCACCACUGCUAAACCAUAGUCAGCUCCCGAUAUACCAACCUGUUCCACCGAUCAAUGGCAUUAAGGAGCACUCAAAGGCCGUGCCUAUCAAAGGCACGCAGAAGGAAAAUACUGAAAAGUUGGAGACGGGGUGCUCUACAGUCGCAGGCGGUCAAAAUGGGAAUUCUGACAAACAUCAAAACGGUAAUACGGGGUUUUCUCUUUUCCAUUUUGGUGGACCUGUUGAUGUUUCAAACGGGUUUAAGCCCGAUGAGGUUGCACCUGCUUUGAAAAACGGGAUUGAUGUGAAUGUUUGUUCAAAGACAUCAGGAGACAGUUGUGGGAAGGAUGCGAAUGCUGUUGAAGAAUAUAAUUUAUUUGCAGCAAGCAACGGAAUACAAUUUUCCUUCUUUUAAAUAUACAGUUUUGAUGAGAAAUUAAAGUUUUUGAGUCUUCGAGGUACACCCAAUUUUUUAUUUUCCAUAUGCAAUAAUCUUGUGAAACAAAUUCAGCAUAUUUCUUGUUUUUCAUGUUAUAAGUUUUGAUUGUUUUUUGCUGCU